AUGGAUAAUCCAUCAUCAUUAUCAAUUGUCCCAUUUGUCAAUAAUCACUCUGCAAAUGAUCCAAUAAGAAUAGAAUCAGACAUGGAAGGGAUUGACUCGCUCCAUAAUAAAGUAUCCGGAUGUGAUUGGGACAGUUUGAUAUCUGAUGCUUCAGAGUUGCUUAAUUUUGAUUCACCUAGUGAUACUAUCCCCUAUAAGGGCCCCACUCAAACCACUUUAGACCAAAAACCCGAAGCUAAGAAUGAUAAUCCUUCAGAAAAGCAUGAAGGUGCUAGUACAUCUUUAAACAAUUUUGAGGUCGGUGAGCUGGCAGAUGAUAUGGAGGAUAAUGAGGUUGGAUCAAAUUUAUAUCGUGGCAUGAGAAGGCGUUGUCUAGUUUUUGAGAUGAUGGGGUCUCGAAGAAAGCACUUAGAAGACAUUUCAAAUGUACCUGAUUCCAAUGAAACCGUUGUUCCAAAUGACAACUCUUCAAUUCCAAUGAGGAUCGGAAAUGAGAAUGGAAAUGAAUCCUCUAGAUGUAUUCUACCCGGAAUCGGAUUGCAUCUAAAUGCUCUUGCUUCAACUUUAGUGGAUCAAAAAGUUGUUAAGCAUGAAAGCUCGGGAUCCGGUGGACAACUUAUAAUUGCACCGCCUUCUGCCGCCUACAAUUCCACUCCUUCCGGUCAAGAAUUGAUAACAACAAUGGCUGAUGCAUCUGGUUUGGAGAAUGAUCAAAGUGGAGUUCCGGUUACAGAAGAUGUUUCUAAAGCACUUGGAUUUGUAGUUAAUGAAGAGUUAAGUCAGAGUAGUCCAAGAAAGAAGAGGCGUAGAAUGGAACAUGCAGGAGAAACCGAGGCUUGCAAGCGUUGUAACUGUAAGAAAUCAAAGUGCUUGAAGCUUUACUGUGAAUGCUUUGCUGCUGGGGUGUACUGUGUGGAGCCAUGUUCAUGUCAAGAAUGUUUCAACAAACCGAUACAUGAAGAUACAGUGCUUCAAACUCGCAAGCAGAUUGAAUCCCGCAACCCUCUUGCAUUUGCUCCCAAAGUUAUUAAAACCUCUGAUUCCAUGCAAGAGGAUGAAUCUAGCAACACUCCAGCUUCAGCUCGACAUAAACGAGGCUGCAAUUGCAAAAAAUCUGGUUGCUUGAAGAAAUACUGUGAAUGCUUUCAGGGUGGUGUUGGAUGCUCCAUCAACUGCAGAUGUGAAGGCUGUAAGAAUACAUUUGGUCGGAAGGAUGGUUCGGAAAUGGAUCCAGAAAUGAAUGUUGUUGAUGAGUGUGAAGGGAAUGGAACUGAUGGAAGGUUCCAGAAGAUGGCAAUACACCAUGAAGUCGAGCCAAUUUCUGCUACUCCACCAACACCUUCACGUUUUGGCAGGCAAUCUAUUUCUAUGAUAAGCUCUUCAAAGGGCAAACCACCACGAUCAUUUCUGGCCAUUGGAUCAUCAGCAUCAUCUAGCCAAAGAUUUGGAAAGCUGAAUCCAUUCAAAGUUGGAAUGAAGACAGCAGCAGAUAAUAAGCAAUUGCAGACAGUUGGAGAAGAUAAGAUACCUGAAAUACUUGAAGAAAAUGGUUCUCCAAUUAGUGGUGUCAAAUCUUGUUCACCAAACAGCAAAAGGGUGUCCCCACCACACUCACACUCACACUCAGGACUUGGACAAAGAAGCAGCAGGAAAUUGAUAUUGCAAUCCAUUCCUUCAUUUCCAUGUCUCACUCCCAACUCUAAGCAUUGAUUGAUUGAUAUGCUGCAAAUCAAUCAACCACUUUCGAUGUCUUUAGUUGUUACUGUGUAGUUUUUCUUUUCUUUUUUCUUUUUAUAUUUUUUAAUUUUUAAUUUUGAUGUCGUCGUUGUAAGGUUGCUUAUUAUUAAGGUUACUACAACUCUGCUUGUAAAAUAAUAAUAUGAUGAUGUUCUUAGCUCG